AGAAGAAGAAAUUCACCUUAUUUAUUUGAAUUUAAGGAAUCAUUGUAUUUUUAAUUUUUAAAUUUCACUUAUGAUUUGAAUUAUAUAAGAUUUAAUUGUAAACACUAAAUAUGUGGAAAUUACUUCACCAUAAUAGGCUAAUAUAUUUUAACAAAAACCUGCUGUUUUCAAGAUUACCAAAAAUCAAAAUUAGUAAUUACAUAGGAAACAGUAUUAAAGCGAACGUACAGAAAAAAACAUCCUUUUUAAAUGUUAAAACAGUGGGUAUAUCUCUUACUGGAGGAUUAAUAGUUAAAUUGUACAUUUCACGAAACCAAGUAGCCUGUGAAGCUCAGAACACUAGGCUAUCCAGGUAUGAAACUUCCGAUAAAACAACAUCCUUCGACUGGAAACUCUUAUGGAAAUACCUAAAACCGAGCAUUUGGUAUUUUAUAGCAGCUGUAGUGGGAGCUUUGGCUGUAGCUUUAUUGAAUAUUCAAAUUCCCCAAAUACUUGGCGGCGUAGUGAAUGUGCUUAUUCGUUAUAAUGAAAACGAAAGCAGUACUUCUUUUAUCGCAGAAGUGAAGAACCCUGUAUUUCAAUUGGUUUCUAUGUAUAUAGCACAGAGUGCUUGUACAUUUUUCUACAUCUUUAUGCUUUCAAAUUUAGGAGAACAAAUGGCAUAUAAGAUGAGAACUGACUUAUUUUCUUCGAUUGUUAAUCAAGAUAUAGCUUUUUUCGAUAAGCAUAGAACUGGUGAAAUAAUAAAUAGGCUUACAACUGAUGUACAAGAUUUUAAAAGUAGCUUCAAGCAAAUUGUUUCUGGAGGUUUGAGGGCCACGACGCAGAUUAUCGGUUGUACAGUUUCAUUAAUUUCGAUAUCACCUCAAAUGACUAUGAUGUCUCUAAUGUCCAUACCAACCGUUAUUCUCGUUGGUACGGUUUUUGGCUCUCUAUUAAGAGCAAUAUCUAGGAAAGCCCAAGCACAGGUAGAAAAAACUACUGCUGUUGCCGAUGAAGCAGUCAGUAAUAUCAGGACCGUAAGAGCUUUCGCUAUGGAAGACGAGGAAAAAGAAUUGUACAAUCAUGAAGCUGCUCUAGCAAUGCUGUAUAACGAGAAUUUGGGUAUGGGAAUAGGCUUGUUUCAAGCCGGGACAAAUAUAUUUAUUAACAGUAUGGUGUUAUCAACUUUGUAUAUGGGCGGGUAUUUACUAUCAACCAAUCAGCUAUCAGCGGGUGAGGUCAUGGCUUACUUGAUGGCCUCGCAAACCAUACAAAGGUCCCUUGCCCAGAUAUCGCUAUUAUUUGGGUCAGUAGUUAGAGGAGUAGCAGCUGGAUCAAGAGUUUUUGAAUAUAUUAAUAUGAAACCAACAAUGUCUCUUAAAGGUGGUAAAAUAUUACCUUGCCAAUCAGUAAAAGGUGAUAUUGAAUUCAAGAACGUAUCAUUCGCAUACCCAACAAGGAGCGAACAGGUUAUACUGCAUAACUUUAAUCUUACUGUACCAUCUGGCAAAACUGUCGCUAUAGUAGGAGCAUCUGGUAAUGGGAAAUCAACAGUUGUGGCAUUAUUAGAGAGAUUCUACGACAUUAAUGAUGGUAGCAUUUUAUUAGACGGACACGAUAUAAGAUCAUUGGAUCCCUCUUGGUUAAGAGGAAGCGUUUUAGGUUUAAUCAGUCAAGAACCAGUUUUAUUUGGUACAUCUAUUAUGGAAAAUAUUCGUUAUGGAAAACCAGAAGCCUCUGAUGAAGAGGUGAAACAAGCUGCGCAUUUAGCGAACGCUGAUGAUUUUAUAAAUAAUUUUCCCAAGGGUUAUAAUACUCACGUGGGGGAAAGAGGUGUAACUUUAUCUGGUGGUCAAAAGCAAAGGAUUGCAAUAGCGCGGGCGUUGUUGAAAAAUCCAGUGGUGUUGUUGCUAGAUGAAGCUACUAGCGCUUUGGAUACUCAAUCGGAGAAAGUCGUACAGGCAGCGUUAGAGCGCGCAAGAGAAGGCCGAACAGUUAUUGUAAUCGCUCACAGAUUAUCCACUAUACAAAACGCUGAUUUAAUAGUAGUUCUUAAUAAAGGAAGAAUUGUUGAGAUGGGAACUCACGAGGAUCUACAAAAGUUAAAAGGGUAUUAUUGGUCACUGGUCUAUCAGCAACAGGGUAAUGCAAGUCCUGCAGGGUAAUUGAAUCACACAAAUGAAGUAUGUAUGUAUAUUUUAGUAUAAACUAUUUCUGUUUAUUGGAGUGCCUUUACUUAUUAUGCAGAUAAGCCGGACUCGCCCUCUGGCUGAUAAUCAAGCUGCACUACGUUGUGGUUUACAAAUUGAAAAAUCGUAUCGAAUUCACUCCCUAAUAUAUUAUCCAAUAUCCAUUUCACGUAUUUUCCCAUAUUCGUGUAAACUCCGGGCAUUACACCGCAAUCAUCAUCUCCAUACGACGAUAAGCC